AUGACCGCCAACGGAUCCACCGGGGCUUUCGCCCACUACCAUGCUGCCUCUUCCGCAGAGGCCAUCGACUCCGAACAUGAGUAUGCUGCUCACAACUACCACCCCUUGCCCAUUGUCUUUGCCCGAGCUCAGGGUACCACGGUGUGGGACCCCGAGGGCCGGGAAUAUUUAGACUUCCUCUCUGCGUAUUCCGCCGUGAACCAAGGCCACUGCCACCCCAAAUUGGUUGCUGCUCUCGUGGAUCAGGCGUCACGAGUGACUUUGAGCUCGCGCGCAUUCUACAAUGACGUCUUCCCCCGGUUUGCCAAGUUUGUGACCGGCUAUUUUGGCUUCGACAUGGUCCUGCCCAUGAACACAGGCGCCGAAGCCGUCGAGACUGGUAUUAAAAUUGCCCGUAAGUGGGGUUACAAGGUCAAAGGAAUCCCAGAGAACAAAGCCGUGGUCUUGAGUGCCGAGAACAACUUCCACGGUCGUACAUUCGCCGCCAUUUCCCUGUCGUCUGACCCCGAGUCGCGGGAGCACUACGGGCCUUAUCUGCCCGGUAUCGGAUGCACGAUCCCAGGCACUACCAAGCCCAUCACAUACAAUGAUAAGGCUGCGCUGCGCGAGGCCUUCGAGGCCGCCGGCCCUAACCUCGCUGCCUUCCUCGUCGAGCCCAUCCAGGGUGAGGCGGGUAUCGUUGUCCCCGACCCAGAGUACCUGCAGGAGGCCCGCGCCCUCUGCGAUAAGCACAAUGUGCUCCUGAUUUGCGACGAGAUUCAGACUGGUAUUGCUCGCACGGGUAAGCUGCUUUGUCACGAGUGGAGCGGAAUCAAGCCCGAUCUCGUCUUGCUUGGUAAGGCCAUCUCCGGUGGCAUGUAUCCUGUUUCGUGUGUGCUGGGCAGCAAGGACGUCAUGCUCACGAUCGAGCCGGGCACCCACGGUUCAACCUACGGUGGUAACCCACUUGGAUGCGCCGUUGCUAUUCGCGCCCUUGAGGUCGUCCGCGAGGAGCAGAUGGUUGAGCGUGCAGAGAAGCUCGGCCACGUGUUCCGAGAGGGUCUGGUGGCUCUUCAGAGCCCGCUCAUCGAGACUGUGCGCGGAAAGGGUCUGCUCAAUGCUAUUGUCAUUGAUGAGUCCAAGACCAAUGGCCACUCUGCUUGGGACCUCUGCAUGCUUAUGAAGGAGAAGGGUUUGCUGGCCAAGCCCACCCACCAGAACAUCAUCCGUCUUGCACCCCCUCUAGUCAUUACCGAAGAAGAGAUCCAGAAGUCUCUCGAGAUCAUCAAGUCGGCCGUGGAGGAGCUUCCAAGCCUCAAGGUCAAGAAUGGUGCUGGGCACUAG